UACACACACUACACACAGUAUAGAAGAUUAUCAGAGUAAUAUGGGGAGCAACUACUUCGGCGGCAGCGAGAGGGGCUCGGGUGGGCUUUCUUCGUCUUCGUCUUCAUCCUCGUCGUCGAGAAAAGGGAAGAAGAGCGGCUCGGAUAAGCCGAAGCAGCCGCAGCGGGGGCUUGGCGUUGCGCAGCUUGAGAAGAUUAGGUUGCAUAGUCAACUCGGAAACACAUAUUUACCUUCUGUUCAUCACAACCCUUAUGCUUCAAAUUUAUAUCAGGAGGAUGUGAGGAUGCAAUCAACACACUCGUCGACGUCGCCGUCGCCGUUGGGGGCUUAUGGCUACCAGGGGCACCAUGGAGUCAUGAUGGGGUUGCCAGAUUUAGAUAGGGCAAAUCUUGCAUAUGGAGAUUCCCAACCCACCAAUGUAGCAAGAUGGAAUCAUCAUAGCAAUGCAGGCUAUGAAACUCAACAUUUUGUUGAGCCCAACAUGACAAGAUCCUUCUUCGAACUGCCGGCUCAGGUACGUAUAACCGUUAAAAUCGAACAAAAAUCGAACCAAAUUUUAGGUUCCAACAAUAUGAACAUGAGUAGUCAGAACUCAGACUCAAGUAGCUCACAAGAUAUAGAUUUGGAGCUCAAACUCUCAUUGUGA